AUGAUUCCAGACGCCUCGCUGGCAGAGAUGCACGAUCUUGACUCGGUACAAGAAGCGCAGAGCUUCGACAUGCGCAAGCAAGGAACCAGAAGAGUGCUGCGCGGCAGCCCGCUGUGCACGACCUACGUUGGAUCCUACAGGGAUAAGGUCACGCUGGCCCAGAUCCCUCCAGCUCCGGGUGACGCGUGGUCGAUCGACUGCUCUCUUCGGCGCGGCGCCUACCUUAUGACUCCCGAGGGGUGGGGCAACCCGGCACACGGUAUCUUGGACCUCUUCCUGGACGGAUGGCGCAUCGGCUCCGUCGACUGGUUCGACGACUACACGCGUGAACGCAGUCGCUCCAUCGACUUCGACGUGCGGACGCUCAAGUCGCUGCGGCAGCUGGCGCUUGCCGAGUACGACAGCUCUUUCGGCGGGCGCUGUGAGGCGUGCGCUGCGGUGCAUUCGGACCUGGAGGCGCACAACGAACUUGGCGUGCCCCAGCACUACUCCGCGGGACGUGCGCGGCAUGACGGUUUCCUACCGUGGCUCAUCGGCCUUCUCCCGCACGCGCACCCCAUUCGAUGGUACCAGGAGGUUUGUGUUUCCUACUCACGUGAAUAA